GAGGACAACAUGGGCCCCGCACCUUCGAAACAAACCAUGAGUUUUGCCUUCUCGUCCGUAGCCAUUCUGGCUCACGGCGUUUUGACCUAAAGCAGGGCCGACGUUGCUUUGCCGCCGCAGCGCUCGCCGCACCAGUCCACCUACGGUCUUCGUAUCACUGUACCAGCAUACGUAAUCACAGCAUCUGACACCAUGUCUCUCGCGUACAUCGUUAGCACGGCAUCCCUUGUCUUGGCUGUCCUCUUCGUGAUCGGGGGUGUGCAGAGUGGUGGUGCCAUAUUCGACACCUGUAACCAGGGCGUCCUUGCAAUUAGCGCGAUUUCGUAUGAUCAGUGCCGCGAAAUGGGGAAUUCCAUCGCAGCCAUGGGAGCCUCGCACGCCACUUUUCUGAGCGGCCUCCUCGUCAUCGCUCGUGCGGAGGCGACGCUGUUCCUCGGUAUGGGAUGGGAGCCGGAGCUCUCCACGCGCUUGCUUUCCUUCACGAGGGCACGUCGGAGGUGGCAGUCGUGCAUCUCAUCCACGCAGUGUGGGCCGUCUCCGUGCGCCUCGUACACGCACGCGGCGCUGGAGUACUGCCUUAUACGACCCCUGACCCCAAUGUCUACCCUGUUUUCUACUCCUCGGAUAUGUUUUUUCAUCGUGCCACUCACGGGAAGCUUCGGGGCUGUCUUCUGCACAGCUUUCUUCCUUUUGCUCCUCUGUCGGCAGCCCCCGGAGCGAGCAGAAGGCCACGUAAACAGAAGGCUGUGCGUCGAUGCCACGGAUGCUGGAUGAAGGGUGGCAGUUUGCGCUGAUGAUGCGGGAAGCAGGUGACGCAG